UCCUGGCAGCCACCAUGAAGGGCCUCAACCUGCUCUGCUGCUGCGUGGCCUCCCUCCUGCUCCUCGGCACCGCAGAGCCACGUGCCCCCGGCACAGACCGCGUCAGCGAUGCUGCCGAAAGCCCCUUGCCAGCCGCAGAGCCCAGGCUGGAGGAGAAGGCAGCCAAGCGCAGCCCUGAGGGGGACCAAGAUGGUGGCCUGGCCAACACCUCCGUGCCCGACACCGCUGAGGGACAUGGAGAGGGGGAGGAAGAGCCGGCGGGCGGCCUGAGAGGGGACCUGGGGCCAGGGGCUGGCCAGCCGGAGGAAACCACCACGGAAAAGGGCCGGGAGGGACCCGGCGAGGCAGAGGGCCCAGGGCGGGAUGCCAUGUCGGGCACCCCUGAGGCAGCACGUCAUGGAGGGGACCGCGGGCCUGGCACACACGAUGGCUCCUGGGCGCGGAAGGAUGAGGAGCCUGGUGCAGAGAAAGGAGCCUCUGAGGAGCAAGGGCAGCCUAGGGAAGAGAAAAUGGAGGAGUCAAGAGCAGUGUCUGUUCCUGAGGGGGGAGAGCAAGAGGGCGAGCAGAGCUCAGAGGAAGAUGAUGAGCAGGGGGAGUCUGAGGAAGAGGGAGGUGAGGGAGAGUCCGAGGAGGAGGGAGAGUCCGAGGAGAAGGGAGAGUCCGAGGAGGAGGGAGAGUCUGAGGAAGAUGGUGCCAGGCCAGCAGGGCCAGAGAAUGGAGCUGAAGGGAGUGACAAGGGAACAGCUGGCAGUUCCAGCAAAAAGGGCCAUGGCAAACCAGGAGCUGCUGACGAGAAGGAAGGCCUUGCCAACUGCCACCAUCCACCCUGUGGGGACACAGCAGAAGACCCGCCAGCGGCAGAAGACCCUCCAGCACCAGCAGACCCCCCGGCAGUGGUGGAAGAUCCCCCACCAGCAGUGGUGGAAAACCCCCCAACAGCAGAAGACCCGCAGGUAGUGGUGGAAGACCCACCAACAGCACAAGACCCGCCAGCAGCAGAAGACCCACCAGCGGUGGUGGAAAACCCCCUGGCAGCAGAAGACCCCCCUGCAGACAAUCCAUCACUGGCAACAGAGAGCCCACCUGGCCACAGCACCCACCCAGCUGCCUCCGAGCUCCAGCACAGCCAGAUAGAAGAGGUUGAAGAUGCCAGCGAGCCCACCAAGCGCGACCGGUCCCACUUGGAGAACACCCUGAAGCUGAACGAGGAGAAACCCACCGAUGACGUCUCAGGAGUACUGCAGCGGCUGAGGAAGAUCUACCACUCCUCCAUCAAGCCCCUGGAGCAGUCCUACAGAUACAAUGAGCUGAGGCAGCAUGAGAUCACAGCUUACCCCGGACGCACCCUGGGCUCCUCUGCCACAGAUGGGGAGAUCACUUCCAAGCCAAUGGUGCUAUUCCUGGGACCGUGGAGCGUCGGCAAAUCCUCCAUGAUAAACUACCUCCUCGGGCUGGAUGACACUCCCUACCAGCUCUACACAGGGGCAGAACCCACCACCUCCGAAUUCACUGUCAUCAUGCACGGCCCCAAGCUGAAGACCAUCGAGGGCAUCGUGAUGGCUGCUGACAGUGCCCGCUCCUUCUCUCCCCUGGAGAAGUUUGGGCAGAACUUCUUGGAGAAGCUGAUUGGGAUUGAGGUGCCCCACAAACUGCUGGAGCGAGUGACCUUCGUGGACACGCCGGGCAUCAUCGAAAACCGCAAGCAGCAAGAACGAGGUUACCCAUUCAACGACGUGUGCCAGUGGUUCAUCGACAGAGCUGAUCUGAUCUUCGUUGUCUUUGACCCCACGAAGCUGGACGUGGGCUUGGAGCUGGAGAUGCUGUUUCGCCAGCUGAAGGGCCGCGAGUCUCAGAUCCGAAUCAUCCUGAACAAAGCAGACAGCCUGGCUACCCAGGAGCUGAUGAGGGUCUACGGUGCCUUGUUCUGGAGCCUGGCUCCUCUCAUCAACGUCACGGAGCCACCCAGGGUGUACGUUAGCUCCUUCUGGCCCCACGAGUACCACCCGGAUACCCACAAAGACCUGUUCCUCAAAGAAGAGAUCUCGCUGCUGGAAGAUCUCAACCAGGUGAUCGAGAACAGGAUGGAAAACAAGAUCGCCUUCAUCCGCCAGCACGCCAUCCGGGUGCGCAUCCACGCCCUGCUGGUCGACCGCUACCUGCAGACCUACAAGGACAAAAUGACCUUCUUUAGCGAUGGAGAACUGGUGUUCAGGGACAUUGUGGAAGAUCCUGACAAGUUCUUUAUCUUUAAGUCCAUUCUGGCAAAGACCAAUGUCAGCAAAUUUGACCUCCCCAACCGCGAGGCUUACAAGGACUUCUUUGGCAUCAACCCCAUCACCAGUUUUAAGCUGCUGUCUCAGCAGUGUUCCUACAUGGGAGGGUGUUACCUGGAGAAGAUCGAGAAGGCCAUCACCCGCGAGCUGCCCGAUCUCUUGGGAAGCAUUGGCCUGGGGAAGAAGCCCAACGUUCUCUCCUGUGACGUCACUGGCUGUGGCGAAACCCCAAAGAAUCGCUACAAGAAACACUAAAGGUGUUUGGAAUGAAUGUGUCCACGUGUUCCUACUGGUGAAUGAGCUUAUGUCUUAUCUGUCCAAGAAGCCGUGCUUGGGUAACCCUUUGAGUGCCGCACUGGCAGAGGCCACUGUACGAUGAGGACUUUGAGUCGUUGACAUGGAUGGCAGGGGAAGAUGGGUGGGCAUAAGAAAGAGAAUAAAAACUGUGAAUUCCUGACAUUUUAUCUUUGUUCUUUCGAGUAGAAGGCAAUGUUUAAGCUGUAAGUACGAGCAAUGCACGGUGAGCUAGAACUGUAGCUGCUUUUCCACUGGUGCCAAGAGAGCAUGAACAGGAAUUUCAACCUCUGCGUCCCCAAAUCCAGCAGGGAGAGAGAACGAGGGCACUGCGUGAGAGCACAGGGGAGAGCGGUGACACACUGACCUGGGGCAUCACCAGGAGCCCCCGGGGCAAAGCGCUGGGCAAGGAAAGAGGCCAGGCCCCAGCUGUGGUUUUCAGGCACAAACAUCCUACGAAUCUCUGCAAAUAUUGAUCUUGUUUUUCUUUCCGGGACUUACAGGACACCCGGUGAGAUCUCCUUUCACUUAACAGCCGAGCUGAACUUCUGCAGCCUUCACCCGGGUGUUCACCUUAAGAAGGAACUUUUGCAGGGGCUUUUGUAGCUCCAGCCAUGAUGGGAUUUGCAAGUCCGUGUCAGAGGAAGAAGUGAGCUGGAAAGGAGCUGCCAGCUCUGUGCUGGAGGAGGAGGGCCAGCACCCCAAAUCCAACAGGCCCACAGCAGCUGGGAGCAGGUUUUCCUCCCCCCCGGGCCAGCACAGAGACAGGGCACGUUGCACCUGCACGUGUCCUUAACCUCAAACCCCCACUCUGGUGAGUCAAGUCUGCAGAUCAACAACGUUCUGAGGGUUGAGGGUUUGGCAGUUUGACCUCGUUCAAGUCUGUGUUGCUGUUUUCUCAGUCAGACCCUGGUGUUCUGCACUCCAUGGAGGGCAGCAGGACUGGGGGCUCACCAGCUACAUCCUUUUUUGCCCAUCUGCUGAUGUGUUCUCCCCAGGACACCCCGGGCAGGUUUCUGUGGCUUGUUCACCAGAUUUCUCCCAUUUUAGCCAUUGGUUGGCUCAUCUCUGCGCAGUGGCGUUGGGUCUGGGAGGAGGAGUGUUGCUUUGGAAGCACCCAAGCAGGGUGAGGUUCUCCAUGGACAGCUGACCUUGAGACCUGCCAGGGGAUUAGGGGUGGCCUCAUCACUUGGCCCUCAUGGCCAGCACGUCUGGCUGCUGAGCCAAGCACAAACUGAUGAAGAGGUAGAUGUUGGAUGGAGACCAGCACCUUCAAGCACACCAAUGACCUGCUGAAGGUCCUUUCUCCUUCCUCCUGCCAACUGACCACAGCUUGCACUGCUCUCCAGGAAACCUCUGGAGCAGAUGGACUUAACCUUUGACAGGAACAAGAAGAGGUGGAGGUGCCAGCUGAGACAAGAAAAAGGCAAAAGGAAUGAAAGAGGGAAAGAGAAAGCUGGGAAUGGAAGGCUCUGUUGUGAUGGGAAGGGUGUGAAGGGCUGUGCCUCUUGUAUCCGGGUGCCCAAUGGGACAUGAGCCCAGGCAGAGAAGGUCCAUGGGAGCUCCACGUCCCCUGGCACUGAGGCAAGGUGCUGCAAAGGAAAGGUCCCCUCAAGUCCAAGAGACUUUGUGGGGAUGCUUCCCCAGGGACUUCCAUGCUCAUUUCCUCUGCUUCAAGGUAGGACCCUACCUUUGGACUAAUGAAGAUGAGACCCAAAUCUACGUCCAAGCAUGGGAAGGGGCAUGGCUGGUGCAGAGGGAUUUUGCCCCCAGCGCAGAGGGGACCAGAGGUCCAAGGGAAGGCAAGCAGAGUGUCAGAGACACCCAGAGCAGCCCGGGGAGAAGUGAUGUGCUCCUGAGUCAGCACCACGAGGUCUCAAACCUGCCCCAGAGUUCCUGCCCCCUCCCCUGCUGUUCCUUCUUCUUCCUUGUGCGUGAUCCUGUUGCUCAUCAGCUCUGUCCCGCCCACUCCUUGCCUCUCUCUCUGCUCCACCGUGGUUUGCUGAAGAGCUCAUGGAAGAGAAACACGGACAGAAACAGGCUAAUAUUGUCACUGCUCCUGCUGUCACCGUGUGUCACUGGCACGGCAAGCAAAAGCCACCAAACAUUUCCAUUUGCAAGCGCCACAUCGCGCCGUCUCUUUCUUUGCUGCCCUGUCCCCACAAAGCCCAUGGGCUCUGGAGUACCCAGGGAAAGAUCCCCCCAUCCCAGAAAGCAGCCCCCAUGCUCCUUCAGGCUCUGAACACACCGUGCUCUCCUCUCAGGCCUCUCCCAUCAUUCUCCUCCUCCCUUCUGGGUUUUCAUUUUCUUUCUCUGUAUCCUCCAGCAUCCAUUGCCUCCUCUCCCCCUUUCCUUUCAGCAUCCACAAGCCCUGGUGCCUGUGUCCUGGAUAUGUCUCCUCUGUGACAGCCAGAACCCUUUUUCUCCCUGGAUAUUGUAGGUCAGGGCUCUCUUUCCCAGCCCAUGGCAGAUGGGGCUCCUUGCUGCUCCCUGGGAUGCACCCUGACCCUGACAAGUUUUCUAUCCCGUGGAUCCAAGUGGCUGUCAGUCCCAAGAGGAUUGCAGUACCCAGCCCAGCUCUUCCUGAGCUUUUCUAGGAGAGCUCUGGGAAUCUGGGAGUGGAAAUGGGAAAGCAGGGAGACUUCUCUUUGUGCUGAGAAGCUCCAAGGCACUGGGGUGGGGGGGGUGAGUGUCUUGCCUGAGAGCAUUGCAGGAGGGAGGGAGCUGAGACACAGGCCAGUGGAGAUGACCACGAUCGUGUGCAUUGGGAUGAAACUGUCAGCUUGAACAUCAGCCUGUCUAAUAAAACCUGGUAUUUCCCAAACACA